UCACGCGCUCUGACGUAAUCAUUCCGGUAGUUGCCUUGGCAGCGUAACAUAAACAAAAUGUUCCUGUGUAUGAAAUAUUUAAUUUAUUUGAAAUAACUGCCCAGGAUGAGGGCUGUACCAGCAUGGGUUGACAAAGUUCAUGAUAGGGACAAGGUAGAACAGUGCAUAUAUGAUUUAUGCUUCAAUCCAGAUGGAUCUCAGCUUGUUGUUGCAGCAGGCCAAAGAGUUCUCGUCUACGAUACUAGUGAUGGUUCCCUUAUUCAGCCUUUGAAAGGUCAUAAAGAUACUGUCUACUGCGUGUGUUAUUCAAAAGAUGGAAAGCGUUUUGCAUCUGGAAGUGCUGACAAAACUGUCAUUAUUUGGACAUCAACACUUGAGGGUGUGUUAAAAUAUUCUCAUAAUGAUGCAGUUCAGUGCCUGGCAUACAACCCAAUAUCCCAUCACUUGGCUAGCUGUGCUAUCAGUGACUUUGCCUUCUGGUCGGCUGAACAGAAAGCUGUGCAGAAGCACAAGUCUAGUGCUCGUAUCAACACUUGUACAUGGACAAAUGAUGGCCAGUAUCUGGCUCUUGGGCUUAGCAAUGGCUGUGUAUCCAUACGAAAUAAGGCUGGUGAAGAAAAGGGUUACAUUAAGAGGCCUGGAGGUUCCCAAACACCUAUCUGGGCAAUUGCAUGGAGUCCAGCCAGAGAAGAGAACUAUGAUAUUUUGUGUGUCACUGACUGGGGACAGUCACUAUCCUUCUACACUAUGGGUGGAAAACUGGUUGGCAAAGAGCGGAAUAUUGGAUUUGACCCACUGUGUGUGAGCUACUUUAAUAGAGGAGAAUACUUAUUGAUUGGUGGUUCAAACCGAGUUUGUACCUUAAUGACUAGAGAUGGCAUCAAACUGGGAACAGUUGGUGAUGAACAAGCAUCGUGGGUCUUGUGCUGUUCAGCUCGACCUGACUCAUCAUUCGUGGCUAUUGGCUGUCAGGAUGGCACCAUUGCUUACUAUCAGCUUGUUUUCAGCAUUGUUCAUGGACUCUACAAGGAAAGAUAUGCAUUCAGGGAGAACAUGACGGAUGUUAUCAUCCAUCAUCUCUUAACAGAUCAGAAAGUGAGGAUAAAGUGCCGAGAUCUGAUAAAAAAGAUUGCUAUUUAUAAGCAUAGAUUGGCUGUUCAGCUCCCAGAACGUGUGGUUAUCUAUGAACUGCAUUCUGGAGACUCAACAGGAAUGCUUUAUCGAUCAAAGGAGAAGAUAAAUCAGAAACUGGAGUGCAAUCUGCUUGUUGUCUGCACCAGGCACUUGGUUCUGUGCCAGGAGAAACGACUGCAGUGCCUCAACUUUGAAGGGGUUAAAGAAAGAGAAUGGGUAAUGGAGUCUCCCAUUCGUUACAUCAAAGUUGUGGGUGGCCCUCCAGGUCGAGAGUGUCUUCUUUUGGGUCUAAAGAAUGGUCAGGUGUGGAAAAUCUAUUUGGAUAAUGCAUUUCCUGUGAGCCUUUUGAAAGCUUCUUCUGCUAUCAGAUGUCUGGAUUUGAGUGCAUCAAGAAAGAAACUUGCAGUUGUGGAUGAAAAUAACCAGUGCUUGGUGUAUGAUGUGCAAAAAAAGGAACUUAUAUUCCAGGAACCAAAUGCCAACUCUGUUGCUUGGAACUCAAAUUGUGAGGAAAUGCUUUGUUUCUCAGGAAACAACAUUCUAAGCAUAAAAGCAAGUAAAUUCCCAGUGCACCAGCAGAAGUUCAUGGGAUUUGUGGUUGGUUUGUGCGGCUCAAAAAUAUUUUGUCUUCAUGUUUCAACAAUGUCAACUGUUGAAGUGCCAUUGUCAGCUCCAAUGUACCAAUAUCUGGAGAAGAAAAUGUUUUGGGAAGCAUACAAAAUAGCUUGCUUGGGGGUAACAGAUGGUGACUGGGAGGCUUUGGCCCAUGCAGCUCUGGAAAGCCUUGAUUUUCAUGUGGCCCGACAAGCAUUCAUACGUAUUAAGGACCUGAAGUAUCUUGAGCUGAUCAAUGAGUUUCAGGAGAGGCAGCAUAGAGGUGAAAAGGACAAAGAACUUUUUGUUGCAGACAUUCUGGCAUUUUGCUGUAAGUUCAAAGAAGCAGCUCACGUGUAUCAAAAAUGCAGACAAGAACAGAAAGCCCUUAACAUGUACACUGAUCUAAGAAUGUUUGAUUUGGCUCAGGAAUUCCUUGGUUCAGUGGACAAUGUUGAUCGGAGAGCAUUAAUUCGUAAGAAAGCUGACUGGGCCAAGAAUAUUAAUGAGUCACGAGCAGCAGCUGAAAUGUAUUUGUCUGCUGGUGAUACACAGCGAGCCAUAGAGAUCAUAGGAGAGAAUGGGUGGAUUGACAUGUUGGUGGAUGUUGGUCGCCGGCUGGACAAGGCAGAUCAGGAUGGCAUAGGACUCGUUGCACAACAUCUGUGCAGACUGAAGCAACUUAGUUAUGCCACUGAAAUGUAUAGAAAGCUUGGUGAUGAGAAGAGCAUCGUGCAGCUAUAUGUGCAAGCAAGAGAGUGGAAAGAGGCUUUCUCUCUCAUUGAGAGCCAUCCAGAAUUCAAUGAUCUGGUCUAUGUCCAGUAUGCUCAGUGGCUUGCCGAGAGUGAUAAGUUUGCAGGAGCUCAGAGAGCAUUCCACAAAGCCGGUCGCCUAGAUGAGGCUUUUCAGGUCCUGCAUCAGCUCACACUAAACGCAGUCAAUGAAUCCAGGUUCCAAGAUGCAGGAUAUUAUUACUGGGUCCUUGCUAGACAGUGCCUUGAGAUUGCCAACCAAGAUGAGACUCAAAAGGUGGAAAUGAUAAGGAAGUUUUAUGAGCAUGAGAAGUAUGCAUGUAUUUAUUAUGCCUACAACACUAUUCAGAAGUACUUGAAUGAACCAUUCACGUCGUACAUGCCUGAAGCUCUUUUCAACAUUUCUCGCUUUCUGAUGAAUGAAACAAAAGAUGUACAUCCAAAAGGAGUGUCACAGUUUGCUAUAUUGUACACUCUUGCAAAACAAGCCAGAAAUUUGGGAGCCUAUAAAUUGGCACGACAGGUGCUUGAGAAAAUUCAAAGCCUCCAUGUCCCUCUGAGAUUUCAAGGAUACGUAGGGCUGUCUGCGCUUAUGGUGCACUCUAAGCCAUACCAUGACAGUGAAGAAAUGUUGCCAAUGUGCUAUCGGUGCUCUACAUACAACCCUCUGAUGACCAGCACAGCCAACUGCUGCACUAACUGUAGACAACCUUUCGUACAUUCAUUUGUUUCAUUUGAGGUCUUGCCAUUGGUUGAGUUCCAACUAGAAUCAGGCAUCUCUGAUGAAGAAGCAGUUAAUCUAAUUGAAGCUCCAACUCCUGUCACUGAAGAAACCAAUCAAACAAGAGGCUGGCUCCAAAGUGAAAGUGACACCUUCCAGACCAUUCAGUUUGAUGAAUCACCUGCAGACAUAAAAGACCCCUUCACUGCUCGACUUAUGAAUUUUGAGAAUCUGGGGGACGAAUUUGAACCAGUUAUUGUCAGUCAGGCAACACUGCAAGCUAUGGAACCUAGCACAAUACUGAUCUGCCGGUGGCCACCUCCCCUACGUUACCAAUUCUACCGCAACUUAUUGCCAGAUUUACAGAUCACUCUUUGUAACUCUUGCAACAAGGUUUUCCAUGUAGAUGACUUUGAGCUGCAGGUUCUUCAGAAAGGACAUUGUCCAUUCUGUCGAUCAACUACACAGCACUCAGGAAAUGAGGUCAAUGAAGUAACUACUUUGUGAAAAUAACAACUCGGGCAUCGAUGAUAUUGAUGAUGAUGAUGAUGAUGAUGAUGACGAUGACGAUGACAACGGUGGUGGUGGUGAUGGUGAUGCUGCUGCUGAUGAUGAUGAUGAUGAAGAAAAUGACGACAACAGAGAGCACAGAAGAAAUAGUUUAAAUUUUCAUAACAUGGUUUUUGUAAUAUACAAUUGGCAAGUAAAAGUUGUAUAUGACACAGAAUUUGAAAAUACAGUAGAACUUGGUUAUAACGUCAUCAAAGGGACCUAAACAUAGUGUCGUUAUAAACGAAUGUCGU